GUCACUUACUGCAAACGGAUGCUACUGUAGCAGUUAGAUUGUAAACCAAAGGACAAGCAAAAUACACAUGGCAUUUGAGACCAUUAAUUAUCAACUUUAUUAUUUGUGACUAUUGAGUGUGUUAAUCAGUCGAGUUAGACAUGUUUCAGAAAAGCCAAAAUUUAAAAUAUUUCCUGAGUCUUGUCCCAGGCAAACGUCGCUUUGGGAUGUACAGAUUCUUGCCGUUGUUUUUUUGUGUUGGAGGUGGGAUGGAAUGGAUCAUGAUUAACGUCAGGAUUGGGAAGGAAACCUUCUAUGACGUUUACAGAAGAAAACAAUCAGAGAGACAAUAUGAGGCGAAGAUUAAGCACGAUUGAUACUUCUUGCCGAAUCAGCAGCCAAGUGAUCUAUCGGUGGAAAACGAGACCCUGCAGUCCUUUAAGCGUCUCAAUGCAAGUAACUGGAUUGCUUAGACUGACUUUGAGAAAUCAUUGUGAGACUGAGAGAAGUGUGGUAUGGAAUCCAAACCCCAAAGGUUAUUGUCUUGUUGAUCAAUUACUCAACUGUGUGGAUCCUAAAUUGUGACCCCACACCCAGUGUGAAGGUGCCUAAAACACUGCUUCACAGUUUGUCAUUUGUCUACAUGCUGUAUUGUAUCUGAGAAUGCAUUUUAGUGAGCCAUUGUGACAAAAGUGUAUUUGUAUUUAAGAAAAAUCAAAAGUAGUAAUGGACUUAUGGAGCUGUGGUUUGAAGGCUACUGUAAACCUAUAAAGAAAUGUUGCAUUUUGUAAUGUUUCACACUUUAUGUACAUAUUACUUGCCAAUUAAUAAUACAUUAUAGGACCUAGUGCAAUACUCACAUGCCUUGACAAAUGAAACAAAAACUAAAAUGGCGUUUAACAUGAAAAUAUAUUGCCAAGUUCAACAUAACAAUAGAACAGCAAUAUAUAUAGAUUAUUAUUCAACUGAUCAACCUUCACUCAUUAAAGAACAAGGUGUUUUCUGAAGUAUGCUUAAUAAAAAGAGAUUGUUUAAAUCAUU